UGUCCCUCGGACACAGCGGAUCACCGAUCAUGGAAAGAGCCGAAGAUGUCGGCUCGGUCAUGUGAUCAGCUGUGUCCAAUCACAGCUGAUCGCAUGAACAUGUACACUGAUCAUCAGGGCACUGAUGAUCAGUGUGCCCUGAUGAUCAGUGUAGCCCCAGCAGUGCCACCUGUCAGUGCUCAUCAGUGCCUCGUGCCAGUGCCCAUCAGUGCCACAUCAGUGCCACAUAUCAGUGCCUACCAGUGCACAUCAAUGCCACAUAUCAGUGCCCAUCUGAGCUGCCUUUCAGUGUCACCCAUCAGUGCCAGUCAGUGCCACCUAUCAGUGCUGCCAAUCAGUGCCACCUAUCAGUGCCAGCCAGUGCCGCCUAUCAGUGCCAGUCAG